CCCUAUUGCUCUCCUCGGGACUGUAGAGAAAGUAAUCAAAAAUGGCAGGUGGAGGAAUUGCCCCAUCCAAGGGGAAGGCUUAUCCUGGAAAUAUGACAUGUAAAGUCUUCGUGACUUGCAUUGUUGCUGCAAUGGGAGGCUUAAUCUUCGGUUAUGAUAUCGGCAUUUCAGGUGGGGUUAUAUCGAUGCCUCUUUUUUUAAAGAAAUUCUUCCCGGACGUCUGGAGGAAGGAGCAAGGCAUGAGUCCCUCAACAAAUCAGUACUGUACAUACAACAGCGAAACGUUGACAUUGUUUACAUCUUCGCUGUAUUUUGCUGCUCUCUUAGCAUCUUUUGUAGCUUCCAGUGUUACUCGUGCAUGUGGACGAAGAGUCUCCAUGGUGAUUGGCGGAACGCUUUUCCUAGCUGGUUCUGCUGUCAAUGGAUUUGCACAAAAUGUCUUGAUGCUCAUUAUUGGCAGGCUCCUUCUUGGUUUUGGUAUUGGAUUUGCUAAUCAGUCUGUGCCCGUGUACCUCUCUGAGAUGGCUCCAUACAGAUAUCGUGGAGCUCUGAACAUGGUGUUUCAAUUGUCAAUCACAAUAGGUAUCCUUGGGGCCAAUCUAUUGAACUAUUUUAUGGCAAAUUUGAAGUAUGGAUGGCGUAUAAGCUUGGGGUGUGCAGCUGUACCAGGCAUUAUUUUCAUCGUCGGAUCCUUACUCCUUCCUGAUACUCCCAACUCAUUGAUCGAGCGUGGCAAGCGCGAAGAAGCCAAAAUAAUGCUUCAGAAAAUCCGUGGAAUUCGGGAUGUAGAUGAGGAGUUCGAUGACUUGGUUAUUGCCAGUGAAGAAUCCAAGAAAGUACAGCAUCCGUGGGCAAAUAUUAUGAAGGAAAAGAACAGACCCCAGUUAACAUUUGCGAUGCUUAUCCCAUUUUUUCAGCAAUUCACUGGCAUUAAUGUGAUUAUGUUCUAUGCACCAGUUCUGUUUAAGACUAUUGGCUUUGGGAGUACUGCUUCGCUCAUGUCUGCCGUUAUAACUGGUUUAGUAAAUUGUUUAUCAACCUUGGUUUCAAUAGCCAUUGUCGAUAGAUUUGGAAGGAGAGGACUCUUCCUUGAGGGUGGAUCACAAAUGCUCAUAAUGCAGCUGGCGAUUGCUGCUGCAAUUGGUGCUAAAUUUGGGGUUAGUGGAAACCCGGGCAGUUUGCCAAAGGGUUACGCUUUAGCGGUGGUAGCAAUGAUUUGUGUUUAUGUAGCUGGCUUUGCAUGGUCUUGGGGGCCUCUUGGUUGGUUGGUGCCUAGUGAGAUUUUCCCUCUCGAAGUACGGUCUGCAGGGCAAAGUAUCAACGUAUCAGUAAAUAUGAUCUUCACGUUUGUGGUUGCUCAGAUUUUCCCUGUGAUGCUGUGCAAACUCAAGUUCGGAUUGUUCCUGUUCUUCUCAUUCUUUGUGGUGAUAAUGACCAUUUUCAUCUAUAAGUUUUUCCCAGAAACCAAAGGAGUUCCCAUUGAAGAGAUGGCAAUUGUUUGGAGUCGGCAUCCAUACUGGAGGAAGUUCGUCCCUGCACCUGACAAUAUUGAUGAUGAUAGAAAGCCUGGCUCUGGACGAAUUGGAAUUGAGAUUGUUAAGAAGGAACAAGAUUGCUGAAGAAGGCGAGAGUUCAAUAUUGCUUUGGGUAAUUGUUUGAUUGUGGUACAUUAUUCAUUAUUGGGUUUCUCCUUUGGUUUUGUUUCCAAUAAUUUGAUAGACUUUAGAAUCUUGUUUUGUUCUAGCUUUUCAGAUUUUCUGU